GUUUCGUUUCAUCAUUUCACAAAACAAAUCUCAACAACAACAACGUUAACAAAAACAAAAAACUUCACCUUGUUUUAGUUUGUUUGUGAAAAAUAACAAUAAGAAUGUCUCAGUAUCAAAACCAAUAUGGUGCUGCCCAAACAGGUAUGACCGAUGAAUAUGGAAACCCAGUGAACCAAGUUGAUCAAUAUGGCAACCCUGUUAGUGGCGGUGGCUUCACCGGUGAAGCUGGUAGACAACAUAUUGGAACUACCGGUGGUGCUACCGGUCAUGGUCAUGGUCAACAACAGCAUGGAGUUGAUCAAACCACAGGGUAUGGAACCAACACAGGUGGUGUUGGUGGUUAUGGAACCAAGCCUGAGUAUGGGAGCACCAACACUGGAAGUGGUUAUGGUACCGGAACAGGAUACGGUGGAACUGGAACUACUGAGUAUGUGAGAGAGGAGCAUCAUGGAGAUAAGAAAGGAGUUAUGGAUAAGAUCAAGGAGAAGAUUCCUGGUACUGAACAAUCAAGAACCAAUACUGAUGGAACAGGGUAUGGAACAACUGGUUAUGGAGCUAGUGGAGGUGGUAUCGGAAACACUGGUCAAGAGUAUGUGAGGGAGGAGCACCGUGUUGAUCAUGGAGAUCAGCAACAUGGAGAGAAGAAAGGGAUAAUGGACAAGAUUAAGGAGAAGCUUCCUGGUACUGGAGGAUGCACUGGACACUAGAUCAUGGUCAUGAUCAUGGUUACUAUAUAUAGAUAUAUGCAUAUGAUGAAUAAUAAAUAAAGUUUUAGUUUGAGUAGUUUGUUUCAUGUGUGGUGUAUUUUAUAAUUUCAUGUAAAAGAUAUAUAUAUGAGGUGGUGUAUAAUAAUGGUUGUAUAGAUAGAAUUAAAUAAUGGUUGUUUUAAAACA